CCCAGCCUCGGGGUCCGGGCGGAGGGUUCCAGUGUCCGCGGGCCCGGGUCUGUGUGCCGCUCUACCGUGCAGGCUGCGCGGAGCCGGGAUGCGCUGCGCCUGCUGCGGGUCCUCAUCAUGGAGACCAAACGCUUGGAGAUUCCCGGCAGCGUCCUGGACGAUCUCUGCAGCCGAUUUAUUUUGCAUAUUCCUAGCGAGGAACGAGAUAAUGCAAUCCGAGUUUGCUUCCAGAUUGAACUCGCCCAUUGGUUUUACUUGGAUUUCUACAUGCAGAACACACCAGGAUUACCUCAGUGUGGGAUAAGAGACUUUGCCAAAGCUGUCUUCAGUCAUUGUCCCUUUCUGCUGCCGCAAGGUGAAGAUGUGGAAAAGAUUUUGGAUGAAUGGAAGGAAUAUAAAAUGGGAGUGCCAACCUAUGGUGCGAUCAUCCUUGAUGAGACGCUUGAGAAUGUACUGCUGGUUCAGGGAUACCUGGCAAAAUCAGGCUGGGGGUUUCCAAAAGGAAAAGUGAAUAAAGAGGAAGCACCCCACGACUGCGCUGCCAGAGAGGUCUUCGAAGAAACUGGUUUUGAUAUAAAAGACUAUAUUUGUAAGGAUGAUUACAUCGAACUUCGAAUCAAUGACCAGCUUGCUCGCUUGUACAUCAUUCCAGGAGUUCCAAAAGACACAAAAUUUAACCCCAAAACCAGACGAGAAAUUAGGAACAUUGAGUGGUUCUCCAUUGAGAAGUUGCCUUGUCACAGAAAUGACAUGACGCCCAAGUCCAAGCUAGGCUUGGCACCUAAUAAGUUUUUUAUGGCCAUUCCCUUUAUCAGACCAUUAAGGGACUGGCUGUCUCGAAGAUUUGGAGAUUCCUCGGACAGUGACAAUGGUUUUUCUUCAGUUGGCAGCACACCAUCUAAACCCACUGUGGAAAAGUUGAGUCGAACAAAAUUCCGCCACAGCCAGCAGCUGUUUCCUGAAGGUUCUCCUAGUGACCAGUGGGUAAAGCACAGGCAGCCGCUGCCGCAGAAGCCACAUGGUAACCACGCAGAAGGAGCGUCGGACCCUUUCAAAACAAAGAAUCAAAAUAUGAGAGGGAAUGGCAGGAAACAGUAUCAAGAUUCACCUAAUCAGAAGAAAAGAACAAAUGGAGUUCACAGUCAACCAGCAAAGCAACAGAAUCCCGUGAUGAAAUGUGAAAAGAGGCUGCAUCCACGGAAACUUCAGGACAACUUUGAAACAGAUGGAGCAUUUGAGUUGCCUUGUUCUGGUGAAGACCCCUCGGUAGAGCCUGUUGAGGGACACUCUGUGGCGUGUAAUGGACAUUGCAAGUUCCCAUUUUCAUCCAGAACCUUUCUGAGUUUCAAGUUUGACCAAAAUGCUAUAAUGAAAACCUUGGACCUUUGAUAGCAGCAAGUGUAUUGCAGAAACCCGUGGUCAGAGACCUGUUACGUUUGCGUGUCUCCUCAAGCCUUACCUUUCUCAGGUAUCUGAAAGAAAUGCAGGGAGGCAGUUUCUAAAGAGAUUUUCUGCACAGAAGAGAAACUAUAAAGAAACACCAGUUUGCACUGUAAAUGAAGUUAGGACUUUUUUACAUGGAUUUACCAUUUCAGUGUUUGCAACCAAGUUUUAGUGGCCUUUGCUUUUUGUCUUUUCCUUUUGAGGGCAUUUAUUUUGUCUUCUGAUCAAGAAAAGAGUUGUUGAUUAACUCAUCAACUAGUACGUUAGUAGGAGUAUUUCAUCUCCCCAUCUUAGUGAUUGCAUUGAGUUUUCUUCUUAAAUUUUAAAAGAAACAUAAAUCCCCAGUUAUUAAUGAGCAGUUAGAGCUGAAUCGUGACAUGAGGAUUGCAGGCCUUUGCUCAUUUCUCUGCUUCUGAGAAUCUAAUCCUUCUAUUUGGAAUUUGUCAGUUUAUUUAGAACCAGCAUCUUCAAAACGAUACUAUUUUGCACAGUGAACUCUUGAGCACUUCAUCAGGACAAAGUCCACAGCCUGAAGAGAGAUUGAGUCGAUGAGAGUUGAUGCUGUAAUUCUGAGCUCUGAUGUAUGCUGUCAGAAAACCUAUGCCUGCUGGAGCAGAGAGCAUGGAAGCCAGUACCUGGCAGUUACUUUGGGUCAUGCCUUGACCAUCAUGCCUCCAGCUGUUCAGUAUUGUGCAAUGAUUCUGCUCAUGUGAAGUAUCUAUACAUACUCUAGAGUAAUUAUGUGUGGAAAACUACAUCUUAGUUUUAUCUUGCAUCUCAGUGUUGAGCUGUGAAAACUGAUGUUAUAUUAGGUUCCAGUUUGCUGUAAUAGCAGAGUGACAUGCUUUUUUAUUAAUAUCUUGAAGCCCCUGGGUUAUAAAUUGAGAAAAGAAGGGGUUAUGCAAUGUACUCAGUACAAAUAAAUAAAGCAUGUUGCUGGGGGACCCUUUAAGUAAUGUACUUAGCUCACACCUAGGAAUGUAUUUUGUAUUUUGCUCCUUCAGGAUUCUUAAAUCCAAACAAGGAUGACAAUGCCCAUUUUACAAAGGGUCGCCUGGAACUGAGGACAAUCACCAGAGCUUUAAGGAGGCAAUAGCAUUUUGGCUGCAUCUGACCUCGCUGAGAAUAUUUCCUGGGGGUGGGGGUGGGGUGUUUGAGUGCAUGUGUGUCCGUGCAUCUGUCUUGUGGGUUUUUUAAAGUUGUUUUUUUUUACAAGUGGUAUCCACAAAGUAUAUCUCUGCUUAUAAAUAUUACUAUAGAAAUCUUUAUUCUGUAUAUGUAGCCUAUUUAAUAGGGCUUCUCCUUAGCCCCUCAGAACUUUGAGAGGAAGGGCUAUUAAUGUAAGAAAUUCACUUGGUAUUACUACAUUGCUUUAGCUUUUAAAUGGCUGGUUUUAAAGAAGAAAUUCUGUUUAUUAAUGAAAGUGUCACUCUUUUGGUGCUAAGCAGGAGAGUUCACAAUGAUACAGUGUGUCUAGAAUCUUCUAUGCUACUACUGUGUGAAUCCUUCUGUGACCUUUGCUGUUUAAUGCAUUAUAUGAUUGUGUUUGGAAGCCCUUACUAUUCUUGUCAGAAAUACGGCUGCUUUGGUUGGGUCUUCUUGAGCCAUAUUUAUAGUUGUCCCAGCAUUCCAGAUUUCUGUUAAGUGGUUAAGGGGUGGAAACUUAGUUUACUCAGCAGGUGAGUCAUUUCCACUCAUGCACUGUCGCCUGGAAACCGUGUGUGUGUGUGUGUGUGUGUGUGUGUGUGUGUGUGUUUCAGAGAGAGAGUGUCUUAUUCUUAAAUGAGUAUUUUGGUCAGUCCCUCCAGUGCCUGUAGAGGUUGGAUUUUUCAGCUCUCUGUACUAAAGCAGAAGUGACUAGUUAGCAGAAGUAUGGCCUCUAAAGUGGCCGGCUGUAAGAACCAAGAAAUGCUGCACUGCUUCAUUUCCUGCCCUGUGGGACAAAGCAAGGGGCUGGCCGGGACGCAAUUCGAAUAACUUCGGGCUUUGCCUCUCACAGCAGUCUGUUAAAAACAUGCUGGAAGAAGACUUAAGGUUUGUAUGUCUAGUGUGACUCAGCUAUGCAGAAGAUGUUAAGUUGUUUUACCUUGUUAGUGUAUAUCUGCUAUGCUUACUCCUUCCCUGUUCAGGUUAUCUGAGAGACCGAGUUUAGCACAGGACUGGAUUUCUUCUCUGAGCUGUGUUAACAUUUCUUCAUAGAAUCUGGUGAUGAAGAUGCCAAAUAUGCAAUGAUGUACGAUGCUAGAUGGAACAGUAGAUAUGUCAGCCUUAUUAUGUUUUGUGUAUUUCCUGGGUGAGACUUUGAAAUUGCUUUGUAAACAUCCUUAGGACCCAACCCGCAUGUGUUCCAAGGUGCAGUGCGCUGUGAAUCUUUUUAAGUCUAAGAUUGUAGGUGCUUUUAUGUCUAACUUCAGUGAUUUGAAGAAUGUUAAAUAACUUUGUCCUGAACCAUUUUACUCCAAGAGACAAAGAAGACAGUUUACAUGCUUUCUGUAAGUUUUGUUUAGAGACAGUGAAUGAACGACUCUAGUAUUUUAAACAGUGAUUCCGUCCUGAGACAUGAGGGACCUGAAAAACCUAGCAGACCUGGUAACAUGGGUGAAAUUGAUUAAACACGUUGAAAGAUCUAAUUAGCUUUUUGUACCAAUACACAAAAAAAUGGUCUCCCAGCACUGUCAGGAAUUGUGGUCACUACUUGCUGUUCUGACCUUUGAAUAUCAUUAUUUUUAUAUUAAAUAUUAAUUAGUAAUUACAUAUUAUGGAGCUAUAUAGCAGAUUAAUAUUAUGCUAUAAGACUUGGCUGUGCUAUUUCUUUUGGCGGUUCUAGUAAUUUACAUGUACUGUCAAUAAAAAACUGCAGAUCUUAGAAAA